AACAAACAUAUCGAUUGAUGCCCUAGGGACGGUUACUUCGUCACUUUUGGCGUUUCCACAAACAAAUCCUGACCCGCUCACUGCUAACUCAUCCAACCCAAACGCCAUGAAUCAACGAACGUCCUCUUCUCUCUUCUUCUAGCUUCAUAAAGCACCACCAAACUCUUCCAUUUUGCUAUCUUUUCCACCGGAAAUCGCUCCAUUUCUCGCUUUCACUUCAGAUCCGCUGAAUUUUUCUUCUCGAUUUUGCUCCUAAUUCACGAUCUCACCUCCUUCUCCCUCCCAAAGCAUCAAAACCCUAUCCGUGACGCUCAUCUUUCUCAGCGCUUCUGCUUUCUUUUUAUUUGCGGUUCUACCCGUUGAGAAACCCUAGAUUUCAAUUUUCGUCCUCCUGUUUGUAUAAAUUUUCCUUCGAUAGACUUGACCUUUUGAUAAAUUUUUGUUUUCAUUCUUUAUCAAACCCUAAAGCUUUUUAGUCCCAUUGAUUUUGUAACUAUUCACGGUCAUAGUUCUUUUCUUGUUUAUCUUUCGGUAGAUUUUUGCGCAGAUUUUAGGUUUGAAUCGGCUAGGUAGUUAUAGCUAGGGUUGUUGUUGAUGAACAAUUAUAAUAGAGGGCGGUAUACGCCAGGGAUCGGUGCCGGUAGAGGCGCAGGUAUGAACGCGAACCCCAGUUUUCAGUCGAGGGUUCCGCAGCAGCAGUAUGUGCAGAGGAAUUCGAUGCAGAAUCACCAGCAGUUUCAACAACAACAGCAGCAGCAGUGGUUGAGGAGGACCCAGUUACCUCCUGCAGAUUCCAGCGUUGACGAGGUUGAAAAGACCGUUCAGUCUGAGGCCGUUGACUCUAGUUCACAAGAUUGGAAGGCCAGGCUGAAGAUACCUCCACCUGAUACACGCUACAAAACAGAAGAUGUGACAGCCACAAAAGGAAAUGAAUUUGAGGACUACUUUCUGAAACGUGAAUUGCUUAUGGGAAUCUAUGAGAAGGGGUUUGAAAGACCCUCCCCUAUACAGGAAGAAAGCAUACCAAUUGCUCUUACAGGCAGUGAUAUUCUUGCUAGAGCUAAAAAUGGAACUGGGAAAACAGCAGCCUUUUGUAUUCCUGCUUUAGAAAAAAUUGACCAAGAUAACAAUUUUAUUCAAGUUGUUAUACUUGUUCCCACUAGAGAGUUGGCUCUUCAGACAUCACAAGUUUGCAAGGAGCUUGGGAAGCACUUGAAAAUUCAAGUAAUGGUCACCACAGGAGGUACAAGUCUAAAAGAUGACAUCAUGCGUCUAUACCAACCGGUGCAUUUGCUUGUUGGGACUCCUGGAAGGAUACUAGAUCUCGCAAAGAAGGGUGUUUGUGUUUUGAAAGAUUGUUCAAUGCUUGUUAUGGAUGAGGCUGACAAGCUUUUGUCUCCGGAAUUUCAACCCUCAAUAGAGCAGCUGAUCCGCUUUCUUCCUCCAAAUCGUCAGAUUUUGAUGUUUUCUGCCACAUUUCCUGUUACUGUUAAGGAUUUCAAGGAUAGAUAUUUACAAAAGCCUUAUAUUAUCAAUCUUAUGGAUGAGCUUACUCUCAAGGGUAUUACACAAUAUUAUGCCUUUGUUGAAGAACGACAGAAAGUUCACUGUCUAAACACUCUUUUCUCUAAGCUUCAAAUAAACCAAUCAAUCAUAUUCUGCAACUCUGUGAAUCGGGUGGAACUUUUGGCCAAGAAGAUCACAGAGCUUGGAUAUUCUUGUUUUUAUAUCCAUGCAAAGAUGUUGCAAGAUCACCGCAACAGAGUGUUUCAUGACUUCCGCAAUGGUGCAUGCAGGAAUCUUGUUUGUACUGAUUUGUUUACCAGGGGUAUAGACAUCCAAGCAGUGAACGUAGUUAUUAAUUUUGAUUUCCCCAAGAAUUCUGAAACGUAUCUUCACAGGGUUGGUCGAUCAGGGAGGUUUGGACACCUUGGUUUGGCUGUGAAUUUGAUCACCUAUGAGGAUCGCUUUAACUUGUACAGGAUUGAGCAAGAGCUUGGGACUGAAAUUAAGCAAAUUCCUCCACAUAUUGAUCAGGCAAUAUAUUGUCGGUAACCAGUGGUAGAUAUCUUGCCCGUUAUUCAACAGUGGUAGUAGCAACAAGGGCUAGAAAUGGGUCCAAGCUGUCAGCUGGAGAUGGUACCUAGCUCUCAAUUGAUGGCGACUUGUAAGAAUUUAAGUAUUGUUAGUGAAGACUUGGAUUGGUGUAUGCUUUUAACCCUGGAAUGCUUGUGUUGGUUUCUGGAUUUUAAUAGCCUGAAACGUUAACAGGAAUAUAGGUUUAGAGUUUUAAUGUUUUAUAAAUCCCAGAUAGAUAUGCUGGGUCCAGUUCUGUGUUGUGUUUGAUCUUUCCAUAACGGACUGGUUUGGUACUAUGAGCUUAGUGUUAUCACCCUUGAAUCCAAGGCUGUACUUUGUGGGAAAAGAUGGUCAUCCCCCUUUCUCUUCCUACCAAUCCAUUAAUAAAGUCGUGACUGAAAAGUACUUAAUCCU